AUGAGUUUUGAUACUACACAGAAGUCACAAAUAUUGGGACGUAUUCUGACGUUUCUGGGUUUAUGGUCAACAAAAGAUAAAAACAAAAAUUGGAAACGUUUUCACUUUAUUAUAAUCCAUGGACCAUGUACCUUCUUAUAUUGCACUCUAAUGUGGUUGGAAGCAAUUACCAGCACAGAUUUGUCUCAUACAUUAGAUGUGCUCUAUAUAACACUCACGGAAACUGCACUGAUUGUAAAGGUUCUCGCCUUUAAAUACUACGGAGAUGAAAUUGCAAAAAUACUCCACACUUGGCAGACAAGCGGCAUUUACGCAUUAAAAACCCGUGAAGAAAUAUUAAUGUGGACACGUGCUCAAACCAUUUUCGGUUGGAUUACACUUAUUUAUGUGGGAGGCAGCCUUUUAAUGGUUUCCAUGCAAUUUAUAUCUGUCUUUGCUGAAGAUUCCAAAGAAUUGCCUUUCUAUUAUUGGGUACCGUUCGAUUGGCAUAGUCCACGUAAAUACUGGUAUGCUUAUUUUUACGAGAUGAUAGCGAUGCCAAUUACGUGUCUCUCAAACACAACACUGGAUAUGGCUUUCUGUUACUUGAUGUUUCAUCUAUCACUAUGCUUUAGAGUUGUGGGGCUACGACUUGCUCAGUUAGGAAAAUAUGGAAAUGAUAAUGAAGGAGAUUUUGCUGAAUUUAAACGUGUUGUUGUACUUCAUCGAAAUGUGAAGAGAUAUGUUAAAAGAUGUGAAGAUAUAGUCUGCUAUCCCAUUUUAGUACAAAUAAUUAUUACUGCAUUUGUGCUCUGCUUUACUGUUUAUCGCCUACAGAAUGCUAGCAUUGUGGAGAAUCCUGGAGGUUUUUUUAGUAUUAUACAAUAUGCUUUCGUUAUGACUAUGCAAAUCUUUCUGCCGUGCUAUUAUGGCAAUGAGAUCUCCUGGAACUCUCAGAAACUAGUCAAAUGCCUAUACCAAUCUAAUUGGAAGGACUUGCCACAAAAGCAUAAGCGUUGUGUUUUGAUUUACAUGCAAUACCUACAGAAACCUACCGUAAUACGUGCUGGAAGCUUUUUCUUAAUAGGCUUACCAGUGUUCUUGAAAACCAUCAACAAUGCAUACAGUUUAUGUGCUGUUAUACUCAAUAUGGAAAAGUAA